UGCAUGCAGAGCUUGAGAGCUGCCGCAAAGCCCCGUCCUUCAGGGCUUUUUAAACACCGUGUUUGCUUCACGCUCCAACAAUGCCAUCCAAUUGAGUCGCCGCAGCAGCGCUUUACUCACUGAACCGACCGUGGGAACAACACCGCACGAGGAGCACAAACCGUCAUGUUUUAAGGGAGAAACACGACGGCUUGAACGAAAUUAAAGAAGAUAGUGUGUCAUUUAACCCCUAGUCUUCCGUGGUAUUGUUGCUCUUCGGUGAAAAACAGCGGGGUCUCUGGGUGAAAUGAGUGUGGACCGGGUAGUCGGUUGUGUUUAAAUGCGGUUUCAGCCUCGGUUCGGCCGCGUUGAUGCAGCAGCGCACGGCUGUGGGGGUUCAAAUCCACCACCGGGAAGACAAUAGGUGAAAUACACGCCGGCCUGGAUUCUCCCAAGACGACACUAAACGAGAGUCUGCAUCCGCUUCGGCUUCACUAGUGUCCGUGUGAGGAAUUGGUUUAGAGAGAGAAGUGACGGUCCCUGGAUCAGGAUGGCGGCCGUGGUGAACUACUCUCCGCCCUGGUGGGUGAAUCUGCUCCACCGGUUGCCUCACUUCAACAUCGAAUUCCAGGUGGUGAGCAGUGACUUCAGACCGGAGGACUCUGAGUACCAGAAGUCCAUUUUGCUGCUGGGCUCUGUGGCGUUGCUGUGUCUGGGCCUGGACCUCAUCUUUCUCCUCUUCUACUCUUUCUGGCUCUGCUGCCGGAGACGUAAGAGGGACGACUCGUCUCACUCUCACACUCACUCCCAGCAGCCCAGCCCUGACUGCUGCUGCACCGCCUGGUGCGUCAUCAUCGCCACGCUCGUCUGCAGCGCUGGCAUUGCCGUGGGUUUCUACGGAAACGGGGAGUCGAGUGAUGGGGCCAAUCGUUUGGCCUACUCCCUCCGUCACGCCAACCGCACCGUGUCCGGGGUGGAGAAACUGGUGACGGACAGCGCUCUCGCCUUGAACCAGACGGUGGAGGAGAGCUUGGUGCAGCUGGAGACGGCCUAUCAGGAGCAGACGGACUACGUGUCCAUCGUCCAGAAGCUGCAGGGCCAGCUGGACGAGCUGGUGCGGCUGAUGGUGGACGUUCCCUUCUGGUCCAACACCGACAUCUCCCUGGAGGACUUGGCCCGCAAGACGGAGGCGUUUGAUUUUUACAGGUGGUUGGGGUAUCUCGGCCUGCUGCUGUUUGAUGUACUCAUUUGCCUCCUGGUGCUCUUCGGCCUGAUACGCAACUCUCGAGGCACUCUGAUUGGAGUGUGUCUGCUGGGUGUUUUGACUCUGAUAAUCAGCUGGGGGUCUCUCGGCAUGGAACUGGCUGUCGCUGCUUCAGCCAGCGACUUCUGCGUCUCCCCGGAUACCUACAUCACCAGGGUAACCAAGGAAAAUGCUGUCAUCGACCAAGAUAUCCUGCAGUAUUACCUGAGGUGCAGCCCUGGCCAAAUCAACCCCUUCCAGCAGAGGCUGUCAGGGAGUCACAAAGCAUUGGUGGAGAUGCAGGAUGAUGUGGCAGAGCUACUGAGAUCAGCAACACGUGAAUAUGCCAACACCAAGGGGACUCUGGAGCAGAUCCAGUCGGUGCUGAACUCCACCGAGGUCGGUCUCCACCAGCUGACCGCCCUGGUGGACUGCCGCAGCCUUCACAUGGACUACGUUCAGGCGCUGACCGGGCUGUGUUACGACGGGGUGGAGGGCGUCAUCUACCUCGUUCUCUUCUCCUUCGUCACCGCUCUGAUGUUCUCCUCCAUCGUCUGCAGUGUGCCACAUACCUGGCCUGGCAAGAGGACGGAUGAGGAAGACGGAGAGGACGAGUCGGGCGCCUCACGGGGCGGUGUGCACGAUAACCUGUACCGCGUUCACAUGCCCAGUCUCUACAGCUGUGGCUCCAGCUACGGUAGCGAAGCUAGCCUGCCCGCUACCGCCCACACUGUCAGCAAUGCCCCCGUCACUGAAUACAUGAGCCAGAACGCAAACUUUCAGAACCCUCGGUGUGAGAACACCCCCCUGAUUGGCAGGGAGUCCCCUCCACCCUCUUACACCUCUAGUAUGAGAGCAAAGUACCUGGCCACCAACCGACCCGACCAGAACCGACGCUCCGUCCCCAACGACCAGCUGGACCCGGGCAGCCGGCCCCACCCCACCGCCCGACCCCAGUCCUCGGUCCACUAGAGACCAGAACCACCCGGUACUGCCUAUCUCCAGUUUCACAGCCAAUAACAAGGUCCAACUCAUCAGAAUAACAAGAAAGAGCCCUCGGCGACAAACCACAAGCUGCUCGUUCCACCACUGCUGUGAUGGAUGAGCCUACAUUACCCACAAUGCACAGCAACUGAAGCGCCUUGGCAGUUUCUUCUUCUACUUUUCAAUUCUCUCCCCCCUUCUACUGGGAUCCGUUUACUGCCCUCCAGUGGAGACCGCUCCCACCUUAUUGAGACACUUUCACAUUCAGACCACACACACACACACACACACACACACACACACACACACACACACACACACACACACACACACACACACACACACACACACACACACACACACACACACACACACACACACACACCCACAAACCCUGUACAGACCUGUAAAUAGUAAACGUGUGCUUUACUCUGAUCUCAUGAGAAGUAGAAUCAUUACUGGUAACGUGGUGUGCUGCGUGUUUAUCAUGGACAUUUUAGCUGUAUCUUUCUCGAACACCCACACACACACACACACACACACACACACACACGCUUAAUAGAAGCACACAUCUGUAUAAAUAAUAAACCAGUGAAAUAGAAAGCCAUGUUGAUGUAGAACCAGUACCACCACUUUCUCUUUCGCCUAACAUUAUCAUCUAGCUAAGACUUGAAUCAUGAGCUCGAAAAGUCUCUCUCCGGAUGUGUCUACGUGCAAAAGCAGUACACGUGUCGAGCAAUGCAUUAUGAACAUGAGCCAGGAAACGCUGUUGUGGAGCGAGAGACACACGAAGGCUCAACCUGUGCCAAAAAACUCUGAAUAACGAGGGAUGCCUUCAUUCUGUCCUGUUCUCCUCCUGCCUCCUUAUGUCUCAAAUAAGAGGAGAAAACGUGGAAUGUUUUCCCUCCGACUGUAAAUACAAAAAGGGACAGGAAAGACACUUGAAAAAGAAAGACGAUGGACAGAAAUGGAAUAAAUCUCACUGAAGAAAUAUUGCGACUACACAUUUGCCAGGUGCUAAUAAGUACGCCAGUCGACGAUCGGGACUGAGGAGCGACGGAAACCUUUUUUAUUACUUUAAUGUUUUCUUUUAAUUCAGGGAUAACAUAGGGAAAAAGAGCAGUCAAAUGAAAACAGCUUUCCAUUAUGACUGAAUGGAAAUGGUGUCGUGGAUCCUGAAAAUCAUGUCCCUGAUUAUUAAUGUUACAUCAAAGUGUUACAAAUUGAAGGAAAGUGGGUGUUUUUUUAAUGUUUAAUCAUAAGCUGAAUUCAGGAUGUGAUACUGUGACCAAGUCGUGUUCUGUCUUUUCUUUCUUCCUGUGCUUUUAUUUUGUUAACUGGUGACCUUGGACUGACCUCUUUGUCAACAGUAGUCUUAUUUUUUUAAACCCACAAGCACAAAUUCUCUUCAAGGUGACUUUGCGAGCUGGAGAAGUAAAACGCACUGCCAGUGGUUUUCCCUCCCGCUCUAAAACUCUGUAGUGUAUAAAAACUGUAUUUGUGAAGCCGUGUGUGUGACAUCACUGCUGCGUGAUUGGCUGUUGCUCUAUCUCAGUGUUGCUGUGUGUAAGUACAGUGGUCAGUGUGUGUGACUGGCAUCUAGCCUGAGUCAUUUCUACACAGACGCAUGCCCUCAUACACACACAUCGAAACACACACAUGCUGUACAGACAUUCAAAACACACUUGGUUUCUUAAAAAAAAAAAAAUCCAUCUUUCCCUACUUUAGUCCUGUUUACGUUCACAUGUAGAGCUGUAGUGACUGCACACCCUCCCACAGCUGUGACAUCACACUGAUUUGCAUUAUGGGUGAUGUAGUUUGUUCAGAGAAACCUGGUAAAUAACAGUGAACAUUCAAACACUUUUCAACCACCAUUCCUGUACAGCAUUUUAAUAUUUUAUUAUUAAUCAAUGACCACUUCUCGUAUUGGCGAGACAAUCUUACAUGUGUGAUUUUACUAGAAAGAAAAAUAUCCAUGUUAUGGUAACAAUGCUACCUAUGGUCUAGUACUUUACAGUGUUUUUUGCACCAUAAAUGCAAACAGUGUUAAGAUCUGUGGACUAGUCACUGAUUAAUGGCCUUUCAUAAUGUUUUUAAACUCUUACAACACUUCAUAUCACAACAUGUUUUUUUAUUUUUCUCUUAUCUUGUAAAAAUCCAACUUUAAAGAUAAAAUAAUAGCUAGCUGUUUUGUAGGAGAUUAAAGGCAAGAGCAGCGGUUUUCCUCUCUUAUUAAUGGUGAAUGACUCUCUGUCUUGCAAUGUUUUAAUAAAACUAUUCCAGUGUAAUCUGCACACCUGACUUUAAGUUGUAUUUGAAUUCCUGUGUGAAGCUUUCUGGGAUCUAAACACCCGGUCACAGUCUGCUUUUGAUGGAGAACAAGGCCCACGCUCAUGUGUAAGAGUCAGCGAUGUUUGUGUGUUUGUGGUAUUUACAGGACUUCAAUUACACCUCCUGUCCAGAUGUGACAGACAAACAAUGUUUUCUAUGGCUGUUUUUAUUUUCUGAUGGUUUAACUAAGAUAUUAAUGAUGUACAUGUCAAAACUGUGGUAAUGAUAUCAUUCAGCCUGGAAUAAAUGUUUUAAAAAAGAAAUUAAAGCAACUUUAACGUACUGA